AUGAGGCAUGAUAUGAGAGUGCAGUUUAUAGGUCUCUAUCAGGGCAGGAUGAGUGUUAUUGAGUAUGAGACACGCUUCACUUCUCUUUCCCGCUAUGCACCGGAGAUGGUAGCCACCGAUGAGCUCAGGACGAAAAAGUUUCAGGAUGGGUUACAUCUUGAUAUUAGGCCACGGAUUUCAGUAUUGGAUCUAAGAACUUAUGGGGAGGUAGUACAGAAGGCUAUGCUAGUUGAGGCAGAGGACCGAGAUCAACUUAGGAUCAAGGGUUCAUAUAAGCAGCCACGUGGAGAGGCUUCAUCAGUAUCCGUUGGGGGUCAGUGGAAGAAGGCUAAGGCCGAGGAUAGUUCACGCACUCAGGGACAGUCACAGCAGGCUCAGUCUACAUCUUUGCAGUCUCAAGGCAGUCGUUCUCAGACUAGUAAGUCUUCAGCUUCGACGCAAGGACUUCAGGGGGUUUGCAAUUAUUGCAAGCAGCCUGGAUAUGUCAAGAUGGGAGUAUCCAUGCCUACAGAACAGGGCACAGAGUGGCGCAGGCCCACAGGCCACACCGGCACAGUCGACAGUUGCACAGUCAGGUUUCAGGGUGCCUCAAGCACCACAGCCAGUUGCACCAGUCAGUUCGUAUCUAGUAGGAACCCUACACCUACUGUUUCUGGACAUCAGUCAGCUCAGCAGGGCAGUUCACAGCAGUCGGGGGCUCAGGAACGAGUUUACGCACUGUCACAGGCCGAUACCUCCGCAGGGACUUCUACAGUUCGAGCUGAACGGAUAUUGGAGUUUGAUUUCAUUGUUCUCGACAUGAUGGGCUUUGACGUCGUUCUCGGGAUGGAUUGGUUGUCCUUUUUACGUGUCACGAUCGAUUGCUUCCAUGGGCAAGUGUCUGUUUGCACUCCCGCGAGGUAUUGUUUUCACUUCAUGGGAGAUCGGAGCGAUUCCCACCCGACGAUGAUUUUUAGUAUCGGUGAUUGGAGUCGCCACAGGUCCUACUUGGCUAGCCUGUUAGUUGACGAGGGUAGCAGUCUAGGCCGCAUUUUUCCAACAGUUGUAGACGAGUUUCUGGAUGUCUUCCCGGAGGAGUUGACAAAACUCCCUCCUCUUCGGGAGGUUGUCUUUGCCAUCGAUGUUAUUCCCGAUACUGCACCUAUUUCUAUGGCACCAUACCUGAUGCCAUUCGGUUUGACAAAUGCUCCAGUAGCUUUUAUGGACUUGAUGAACCAUGUAUUUAGUGACCAUCUUGGUUAG